GAUUUCAUUUAAAUAGCAGCCCAUUCAAAAAUCUUCCACCAAAAUCCUUUUUCACUUCCUCUCUCCAGCUACACCGCGACACCACCAUCCCUAUCACCGGAAAAAGGAGUAUCUCCGCCGUCCACCACCGACUCUCAUUCGUCUCCAUUGGAAGGUCAGAUGAACUUUAGAAGAAUCAUAAUCAAUAGGCCGUUAAUCAACCUCUUCACACGGACUCACACACUACAUCCAUUUACCACUACGCCAACUAAUCCCUCUCUCCACCAAUCUCAAACUACUUUGCUAAACAACUCAUUGAUCCCAGUCAAUUCGGACCAUCUCCUCAGGGUCUGCACAAUCCUCUUCCAGCAGCAGGAUGCAUCAGAUUCCAAGCUCCAAACGCACCUGCAAAAAACUCAAUUUAGCCUUAACCAUGAAUUUUUCCUCCAAGUAUGCAACAAAUUCCCUCUUUCAUGGCGACCAGUUUACCGUUUCUAUCAGUUUACCUUGACCUGCCCUGAGUUCACCCACACCUCUGUCAGCUUUAAUAAGAUGCUUGACGUGGUUGGUAAAUCAAAAAAUAUUGAUCUAUUUUGGGAAUUAUUACAUGAAGUGACAAAGCAAAAAAUGACUAACGAUAAGACAUUUAGGAUUGCUUUGAAAGUAUUAGCUUCUGCUAGGGAGUUGAAAAAAUGUGUAGAAUAUUUUCACUUGAUGAAUUCUCAUGGGUAUGGCUAUAGUUUGGAUACUUUAAAUAAGGUUGUUGAGACCCUUUGUAAGGAAAAUCUAGUUGAGGAGGCUAAGUUUGUCGUAGUGAAGUUGAAGGAUUGGAUUAAGCCAAAUCAGGUUACUUAUAAGCACUUGAUUUGUGGGUUUUGUGAUACUGGAGAUGUGAUUGAGGCUUCAAAGUUGUGGAAUUUGAUGGUGGAUGAAGGAAUUGAAGCUGAAAUAGAUGCUGUAAAUACGAUGAUAGAGAGAUUCUUCAAGAAUAAUCAGUUUGAUCAAGGAUUAAAGCUAUUUCAAACUAUGAGGGUAAAAAGGAUGGAGGAAGUUGGACUUUCAAUGUAUAGUAUCGUCAUCAAAUGGAUGUGUAAAAGGGGCAAGCUUUCUCAGGCGCAACUGGUGUUUGAAGAAUUGCAAAAGAGAGGAAUCAAAGCAGAUAAUGCAACAUUGGCUUCAAUAAUAUACGGGCUCUUGUCAAAGAAUCGGGUUCAAGAGGCAUAUUUGAUUAUGGAAAAUACCGAGAAACCAGAUAUAAGCAUGUACCAUGCCUUGAUCAAGGGUCUCCUGAAAUCGAGGAAGGCGGGUGAGGCAACAGAAGUUUUUAGACUGAUGAUAAAAAAAGGAUGUGAACCUAUUAUGCAUACCUAUAUACUGUUGUUGCAAGGGCACUUAGGAAAGAGAGGAAGAAAGGGGAAUGACCCCCUCGUUAAUUUUGAUUCCAUAUUUGUUGGGGGUUUGGUUAAAGCCGGAAAAGUUCUGGAAGCCACCAACUAUACCGAGAGAACCUUGAAUAGAGGACUUCAGGUGCCAAGGUUUGACUAUAACAAGUUCUUGCAUUACUACUCAAAUGAUGAAGGUGUAUUUAUGUUUGAGGAAGUAGGGAAGAAAUUGAGAGAAGUUGGAUUAUUUGACUUAGCAGACAUAUUUCUGAGAUAUGGGGAGAAAAUGGCUACUAGAGAUAGAAGACGAACUAGAGAGUCAUUUGAAUAGCUACCGAUGGUUGACAUUUAUGCAUGCUUUGAUGGUAGAUAUUGGCUUAGUUGUUAUGUCCUUUCUGGGGUUCAGACUUCAGAGUUUACUUGUCACUGUCAAAUCCUGAUACUCUUCAUCAUUUGCGACAUCUUUUCCAUCUCCGACCCAGAAUUAACCUGCUUACUUAGAUUAUGGAAGGCAUGAGGAGGCAUGGAGAUUGUUUUAUAGGAUGCAAUCAGAAGGAUUCAAAGUAAAUGAAGCUACAAUAACCAUUCUUUUAACUAUGUGUUCAGAAACAGGUUGUGAACUGAGAGUCGGUAGGUCCUUACAUGCGAAAAUUAUAAGAAACAGGUUUUCUAAUAGAACAUCUAUUGUGAAUGGAAUGUCCAUUUCCGAUGGAGCCAAAGAUUCAUUUGUUCUUUUGGCUGUAGGAUGUAAUGGACUAAAUCAAAAUGGCUCUUAAAACCUUUUCGCUUCCUUUCCAUGAAGUAGAAGAUGGUCGUCCCGUUGUCGUCCCGUUAUCGCUUUUGGGUCAAUUGGAAACAACCUCUUUGCAAAUGCAGGGGUAAGGUUGCGUACACCCGACCCCCCUUACCCCGCUUCUUGCGGGAGCCUUUUUGAGGCAAUGGGAUAAUGAUAAUGAUGAUGACAUCUAUUGUGAACGGAGUCCUGAGAAUCUAUGUAGAUCAUUGCUGCAUUACUGAUGCAAUGAUGCUAUUUGAUGAGUUGGUUAAACCAGAUGUAGUAACCUGGAACAUUAUCAUCUCUGCUUUGGGUGGUAAUGGAUUCAUCAAUCAUGCUUGGAACUACUAUGAGAAGUUGUUAGAUUUGGAAAUCAACCCUAAUUCACACACAAUUAUUGCUAUUCUUAUUGUUUGCAAGGAUGAAUCUUAUCUUAAUCUGGGUCGUUCUUUACAUGGUUAUGCGAUGAAACAUGGGAUUGAAGUAAAUACAAGCAUAGAAUUGCCAACUGCACUCGUAGAGAUGUAUAUGAACUGUGCUGAUGAGGCAACUGCUAGGAGUCUAUUUGAUAGGUGCUCAAACAGAGAUGUAAUAUUGUGGAAUUCUUUGAUUGCCAGUUAUGUGAGAAAUAACCUCACUAAUGAAGCUCUGUCACUUUUUAAGCUGAUGAUCUUGGAACAAGAACCUGAUUCCGUUACAAUAAUAUAUAUUCUCUCAUCAUGUGUUGAAGUAGCUAGUCUUCCUUUAGGCAAAUGCCUACAUGCUUACACAAUACGUAAAGACUAUUUAGGAGGCUUGAACUUGUCACUUGCAAAUGCGUUGUUAUCAAUGUAUGCAAGAUGUGGCAGUAUGCAGAAUGCUGAGAAGAUUUUUGAAAGAAUACAACACAAGAAUAUAAGCUCAUGGAACGCCUUGGUGGCCGGCUAUGGUUGAACGUUCAAAUGGAUUAUUCUCUACAUGCAUACUCACAUAUGUUAGGCUAUGGAUUCAGACCAAAUGGGAGGACUUUAUUGUCAUUGUUGUCUGCUCUAAAUGCAUACGCCCGACCCGUCACGAAAAAGCCCGGCCCGGGCACAAAGUCGUGGGGCGGGCCUGUGCCACAUUUUUUUGGAAAAAGCACGACAGGGCAGGGCAGGGCACGACACGACUCGACAAAGCACGCUAAAUUUGCUAAAAAUAGGGUUAGGCCCGGCGACCCGACCCGACAGCACGUGGGCCUGGGCCCGGUUUUGAACUUUUCAUCCCAACCCACCAUGAGCAUAAUAAUCCUGGCUUGGUCCCGGCCCACGACCCUGUGGCCCGAUCCAAAGCCCGACCCUGCCCGGCCCACGACCAUCUUUUUGUAGUCAUUCUGGUGUGGUGGAGAAGGGGUUGGAGCUUUUUAGAUCUAUGGUUAAUGAUUACGGCGUAACCCCAAUGCUUGUUCACUAUGGUUGCCUAGUAGAUUUGCUUGGCCGUGCGGAUACAUUGAUGAAGCAGAAAAGAUCAUCAAUUCAAUGCCAAUUGAACCAGAUGCUUCUAUAUGGAGAGCGCUUCUUAAUGCUUGUAGAGCCCACUCUAAACUGGGAUUGGCUAAAAGUGUCUUCCAGAAGCUUGUGGAAGUAGAACCUACCAAUGCCGGAAAUUAUAUGAUGUUGUCAAAUAUAUGUGCUGAUGCAGGUCUUUGGUCAAAGGUGAGGGAUUUAAGAUUGCAUCUUAAGGGAAAGGGUUUAAGGAAGAAUCUAGGGAUGAGUUGUAUUUUUGAUCAAAAUCAGGUUCACUGUUUUAUUGCUGGAGAUCAAUUGUUCUUCAAAGCUGCUGAAGUUUAUGAAACCCUAAACUCUUUAUUGCUUACACUCAAAGAUAAUGGAUACAUCCCUGAUCUUAGGCGCGCUGUUCAUGAAGUAGAGGUUCUAGAAGAUGAAAGAGGUGCUCUUGGCCACUGUGAAAGUUACUUUUGGGACUAAUCACUGGAUUUAGGAGUGCCAAUAACAUUAUGGGCAACAGGUUAUGGGGACAAUUGUGGUCUGAUCAGCUUGUUGUUUGUCAGCAGUCAAAUUUUCAUGGAUUAUCGACUUUUGCAGCCACAUGAUCAUAGCGCUGCAGUUUUCAGUAACUUGCCAAAGGCUCUGUCCAAGUAUUGUAGAGUGAUCAACUAGAGGUCCGUUAGAUGGAGAUUCUGCGAGUAUUGGCUGCACAUAUGAGGAAAUGUUACCUGUGAUUAUGGCAAAACGCAGCGGAUCUUGGUCUAAAAGACACGAGGGGUUAAGGUUUGAAACUUCCAACUCUUUUUAUAUACGUAUACUUCUCGUAUUGUACUAUCAUGUAAACACUCAAUCAGAAUGUCACGAAAUUAUGUGCUCCCUCCGUUUCUGAAUACUUGCAACAUUGGCUUCUUUCUGCUGCUUCUGAAUACUUGUAACGCAUGUUCUUUUGGCAUGACACCACUAAUUUUUAUUAUUGUUUUUCUC